GGUUGGGUGACAGGGAAGUAAAAGGGGGUGGCUUACUGUAAGUUGAACUCACUAACCAACUUAAAUAUAUUAAGAGCCCUUUAAUGACUUUCCGUUGAACGACUUUUAGAUAGAUAGUUAGAUUCGCUGUUCUUCGAAACAUGGCAUCAACUCCUGAAGAAGGCGAAAAAGAGAAGGUCCGCUCCGUGUCUGUAGACCUGAACAAUGAUGCCUCUCUGGUCAUCGACAUUCCUGACGCCCUCUGUGAACGCGACAAGGUCAAGUUCACAGUCCACACCAAGACAACAUUGGGUACCUUCCGGAAGUCUGAUUUUUCCGUUCCCCGUCAGCAUGAGGACUUCAUCUGGCUCCAUGACACGCUUGUGGAGACAGAGGACUACGCAGGCCUCAUCAUCCCUCCAGCUCCCCCUAAGCCGGACUUUGAGAGCCCCAGGGAGAAGAUGCACAAGCUGGGUGAAGGCGAGGCCUCUAUGACCAAGGAGGAGUACACCAAGAUGAAGCAGGAACUGGAAGCCGAGUACCUGGCUGUGUUUAAGAAGACGGUCCAGGUGCACGAAAUCUUCCUCCAGCGCCUCUCCUCCCACCCUGUCUUCAGCAAGGACCGCAACUUCCAGAUCUUCCUGGAGUAUGACCAGGAUCUAAGCGUGCGGAGGAAAAACGCAAAGGAGAUGUUCGGAGGCUUCUUCAGGAACAUGGUUAAGACUGCCGAUGAGGUCAUCAUCUCAGGCGUAAAGGAAGUAGAUGAGUUCUUUGACCAGGAGAAGACCUUCCUGCUGGAUUAUUUCAGCAAAAUCAAGGAUUCCACUGCCAAAGCUGAGAAAAUGACCCGUGCUCAUAAAAAUGUGGCUGAUGACUACAUUCAUGUCUCUGCUACCUUGAACAGCCUGUCUGCAGAUGAUACCACAGCGCUUAAGAAGCACCUGGAGAAGCUGGCAGACCUGUUUGAGAAGCUCAGGAAAGUGGAGGGCAGGGUGGCAUCAGAUCAGGAGCUGAAGCUGACAGAGCUGCUGAGGUACUACAUGAGGGACAUCCAGGCUGCCAAGGACCUUUUAUACAGGCGUGCGCGGGCCCUUGCUGACUAUGAAAACUCCAAUAAGGCCCUGGACAAGGCGCGGCUGAAAAGCAAAGACGUAGCCCAGGCUGAGGAGCACCAGCAGCAGUGUCUGCAGAAAUUCGACAGUCUAUCCGAGUCUGGAAAGAAAGAGCUGACCAGUUUCAAGGGAAGGAGAGUGGUGGCUUUCCGUAAGAACCUGAUUGAAAUGGCCGAACUUGAGAUCAAGCAUGCCAAGAACAACGUGUCUCUGCUGCAGGGAUGCAUCGAGCUGCUGAAGAGCAACUGACAGACUGACAGCAGUCAUGUGACUAAGCUGUGGUCAUGUGACCCUCUGUGAGAACGGAACCUAGACACCCCGCCACUACCCCCCCGCAAUGCGGGGGUCAGCUGUCACCCCCCCAAAACCCCCCACAAGUGCAGCUGCCUGUCAGCUGUCCCCAUGUGAACGCUCCAGUCCUCCUCCCCCCCGCACUAUCCAAUCCAAUCGCCAUGUCCUCCAUCCUCACAGGCCUAUCGAAUGGGUAUUUUAGCUUUGUGACUGCAUGGGGUGUAGCAUUACGUGCUCUUGUUGUGACUACACCCAGGGACCAACGUUUGCGCUUGGCACUCUAUUUUUAUUAUUUUUUUUUUGAGGCCUUUUCCAGCCCAAGAUCCUCUGCUUCUCUCCUGUGACAGCACAUUCAGCCCCUGCUGUCCCCCAGUUUACAGCCGCGGCCAUUUUCCUGUGCAGUGACGGGUGUUUUUCCACUUGCGCCUUGAUUGGUAGAGCUCAGAGAAAUGCCGCCUACAUGGGUUUAGUUGGAUUCGGUCAUGGAAUCCAUCUUUUCGAUCUCUGUCCUUCCAAUUUCUAUUUUUUUUUUUGACUACUCUAUAAAUGUGGCUUAUGAGACAAUUUUCUAGUUGGAUAAUUCAGACAGUUGAAAUGCUGUUUCAGUUAUUCAUGGAGCCAACCUCAGAUACUGACACGAAAUGGAGACAGAAGUGAAGAGAGGAGGACUGGAAUAACUUAGUGCCUAAAAAAGCUAUUUAUACCUCCCAUUUUCAACUGAUAUGAUUUGAGGUUUGCUUGUACGCAGAUAAUACAUAGAUGGUGAGUUAUUACAGCACUAGAAGCAUGGAGACUGGCUGUUUUUAUGCCUUAUAAAUAUGACUAGUAUUUCCACAGGAAUCCAGAGACUCGACUGACACUGAUUUUCUUUGGUCAAAAGUAAUAUUCAUUUAGUACAUUGGCAGCCAUUCAUGCUUCCAGUUGACUAAGGAAUCCUAUUUUUAACCAUGGAAAAUGCAAUUACAUGUACCCUAAAGUUAAAAAAAAAUGU